CAGGUCUCAACACUGUGGGUCAUUUGAGGACUGUCGGCGCGAUGGAAGGCAUUAAAUCCUCUAUACCGCGGAAAAUAUUGGCCUUCAUAUUACUGACUUUGGGCGAUUUCGCUUUGUUUUAUGUAUCGGGUGCAUCUUUUACGCACGGGCUUGGAGUUUACGCACGACUCUGGGGCUUCGCAGCUGCUCGUUUUGUUAUUCUCUCUGUCCUCGCUCUUUUUAUCCUUGGAGAUCUCGCACCGGUAUUGAUCCGUUUUAUUGCUACGCUCAGCCUGCUCCCCGCUGUGUACGAGACCGGGACCAAACUACUUUACGAUGGCUUCAGUGAGUGCGGGUUCUCGUCGGACUGGUGGUGUUGGCUCAUGGGUAGCGGUGCUUCUGUGGCCGCUGCACUGUUUUGGGAAAUCACCAUCCCAGACGCAGACGAGGCGGCAUCCGAAAAGAAAAGCAAACAGAAGUCCAGAGUUUUGUUCAUGAGGGUCCUGCGGCUGUCCACACCAGACCUCCCGCUGCUACUGGGGGGAUUGGUCUUCUUGUCAUUAGCUGUGCUCUGUGAGAUGUUCAUUCCCUUUUACACUGGAAAAGUCAUUGAUAUCCUCAACGGCCAUUAUCAAGCAAAUGAGUUCACUAUGGCAGUAAUCUUCAUGGGUCUGUUCUCUCUGGGAGGUUCCGUGUGUGCAGGAGGCAGAGGAGGCCUAAUGCUCUGUGCCAUUGGGUCUCUCACUUGCAGAAUAAAACUAAAACUAUUUGAGACUUUGACCAAACAAGAAAUUGGGUUCUUUGAGACCAAUAAGACUGGAGAGAUCACUUCCAGACUGUCCAGAGACACCAAGUCGAUGGGAAUGACAGUGUGUCUGAAUGUGAAUGUGCUGCUGAGGACUUUUGUAAAAACUGUGGGAAUGAUCUCCCUCAUGAUGAGCCUCUCUUGGAAACUCACGUUCCUGGUUCUAAUGGAGACUCCUGUAGCUGGAGCCAUACAAAAUGUUUAUGACACUUACUAUCAGAGACUAUCUUUGGCUGUUCAAGACGCUAUGGCACAUGCAAACGACACAGCCAAUGAGGUUGUGUCUAAUAUCCAAGUUGUGAGGAGUUUUAAUGCGGAGAAACAUGAGGCUAAUCGAUACAAUCAACGCUUGAAGACCAUACAUGAGCUCAAGAUUCGACGUGACACUGUGAGAGCGAUCUACCUGCUUGUCCGAAGGUUGACUGGGCUGGGCAUGCAGGUCCUGAUGUUAUACUAUGGGAGACUGUUCAUUCAAAGGGGACAGAUGACCGCUGGUAACCUGGUGUCUUUCAUAAUGUACCAAUCAGACCUUGGACGCAACAUCAGGACUCUUACCUACAUCUUCGGGGACAUGCUGAACUCUGUGGGUGCUGCUGGGAAGGUAUUUGAAUAUUUGGACCGAAAACCUGAGGUCAGCACAGAGGGAAAGCUUGCACCGGAUCAGCUCAAAGGAAACAUCCAAUUCAAGCACGUCAACUUUGCCUACCCAACCUGCCCUGGCAAAAGUGUCCUACAGGACUUCACAUUGGAGCUGAAACCGGGCCAAAUGACUGCUUUCGUCGGCCCAUCUGGUGAAGGAAAAAGCACAUGUGCAAGUCUUCUGCAGCGAUUUUAUGAACCACAGAGUGGAGAAAUCUUGUUCAACAAUGAGCCACUCAAGUCCUAUGAGCACCAUUACCUCCAUAAAAAGAUUGUGGUGGUGAGCCAGGAACCCAAGCUCUUCACUGGUUCAAUUAAAGACAACAUUUCUUACGGGUUGAAAAACUGCACAGACAGAGAGAUCGAGGACGCAGCACGAAAAGCCAAUGCACACGACUUCAUCAUGCUCCUGGAAAAAGGAUAUGACACAGAGGUGGGAGAGGGAGGAGGCCAGUUGGCAAACAGUGAGAGGCAGCGCAUUGCCAUUGCCAGAGCUUUGGUCCGACAGCCUCAGGUGCUCAUUCUGGAUGAAAUCACCAGCUCUCUAGAUGACGACAGUGAACAGAAGGUUCAGCAGGCCCUGGCUCAAUGCCCAAACCAAACUCUGCUAGUGAUCGCUCACAGACUGAAAACCAUUGAGGGGGCGGAUCAGAUCGUUCUCAUCGGCAAUGGGAGAGUCCAGGAGAGAGGGACUCACCAGGAGCUGAUAGACAUGAAAGGGCAUUACUACAGGCUGAGAGAGAAACUCAGUACAAACGGCCACUCACCAUAAUGUUAAAGCUGGACGUUUGAAACAACCUCUACUUUGUUCAGUAAGCUAGUGUUUCUAAAACUGGAGUGCAGGUAUAAUUUUAUGUAGAGCAUUUUAUGUAUAGUUCUGCUCUGGUUUUUGAUAUUAUUUGAAGCUGCUUCGCUUUUGUCCAUGUCUAUCAGAUCAAGUACUGGGUUUACUUCUGAUUAAUCGCUGAUUUUGCCCUUGCUUAUUUCAUAGAUGUGUUUUGCCCUUAUUUAUUAGUGUGAAUAAUUAUAUGUCAAAUGUAAAUAAUGUAAAAAUGCAAUGUAUUAUUGUAUGUAUUUUUUCAUUUAAAUAAAAAUUAUAAAACUUCC